ACAGUGCAGGGAAGAGACAACUCAGCUGUAAAUAUGGUUCACAAGUUCCAGCACCACCUCUGCCUUCUCUAUCCCUAUCCCAUCUAGGAUCCCAAGCUCCUGGCUUCUCAUUGACUCUAUGAACAGGGACAAUGCUCCUUCACAUCACAAACCUGAGACUGAUGGUAUUAUUUUGGACUUGGUUGUCUGGACUGAGCUCUCAAGAUCUGGAUCACAGUGGGGAAAAUGUCUGUAAAUAUGGUGUCACCAAGGCUUGCUGCCCCGGUUGGAAACAGGAAGGGCGAGCAUGUACAACUGCUAUCUGCGAGGGGGAUGAUGAAUGCAAGAAAGAUGAAGUUUGUAUUAGACCGGGAAUCUGUCGCUGUAAGCCAGGAUUCUUUGGUGCUGACUGCAAUUCACCAUGUCCUGACCAGUAUUGGGGCUCAGACUGUAAAAAGAGGUGUUCCUGCUAUCCCAAUGGGAAAUGUGAUGGAGUGACCGGGCAAUGCAUCUGCUAUCCUAACCGCUGGGGUCCAGAUUGUCAGCAUACCUGCCACUGUAACCAACGGGGAACCUGUGAUCCUCUCACUGGGUCAUGUCAAUGUGAGCCAGGCUGGUGGGCCCAGCAUUGCAAUAAGCAAUGUACAUGUAACCUAGAAACUUCCCACUGUAACCAGACAAACGGACAGUGUAUGUGCAACAGUGGGUGGUGGGGUCAGCGAUGCGGUAUAAAAUGUAACUGCAACAAAUCACCCUGUCUUCAAACCAAAGGAAUUUGCAAGUGUCGAGAAGGCUGGCAUGGUCCUAGAUGUGAAACCCAGUGUGAUUGUGUACAUGGAAAAUGCAGUCAUAUCAAUGGUGAAUGUGAUUGUCACAGUGGCUACCAAGGAAAGAGAUGUGCAGAACCUUGCACUCCUGGAACUUAUGGACCGAAAUGUGAAAAUAGCUGUGGAAAAUGUAAACAAGGACAGACAUGUUCCCCAGUUGAUGGUUCCUGCCCGUCAUGUGAACCUGGCUGGAAUGGCACAAGUUGUGAAAUGCCUUGUUCACCUGGAUAUUAUGGAGAGAACUGUGCACAGAGCUGCCCGAAAUGCCGUGGAAAUGAAGUAUGCAGCCCAGUGACAGGGACCUGUCAGAACUGUGAUCCUGGAAGGAUGGGACCCCGAUGUGAAUUCAGCUGCCCGGAGGGAAGUUAUGGGGAUAGAUGCCAACAUCUUUGUCCCCUGUGCAUUCAUGGGAGCUGUGACCCAGUAACAGGGGACUGUGUCUGUGACUUGGGACACUGGAAGCAGAGCUGCAAUGAGACAUGUCCACAUGGCUUUUUUGGAUCCAACUGUUCAAAUGUCUGUGAAUGUGAUGGUGGUCCUUGCAAUCCAAUGUAUGGAACUUGUCUGCUCACAUCCAGCCAGAAGGAAGCAAUCAUAGCCGGAGUUCUCGUUCCCAUGUGCCUGCUCUUCAUCAUCUGCUGCUGUUGUUGUUGCUGUGGGAACAAUCAAAUGGACAAUAAAAACAGAGUGUCUAAUGGAGACAAAGGGUGUUUAUCGAGAAUGAAGCACAAUUUCCAGGGUGCCUUAGUGAACAUAAGCUCCCUCUUGCCGUGCUGUUCUAUUGGGAACAAUAAAGUUUCCUGGGUUACCGUUUCUCACCAUGAUACAGAACUUCCUUUCAAUCACAGUUUCAUUGAAUCCCCCUCCACUGGCUGGAUCUCUGAGAACUCAUUUUCAUCAUUCGAGUCAGAUGAGGAAUGCCCGGUCUAUUGUGUUCCUCCCAGAGAAGGAUUAUCUGUUGCUGAUCUUGAUGGAUUUCAGGAGAUAAGUUCCAAAUGUAAUGUGUUUCCUGAAGCGAUGGCUUUCGGUGCAGAAGAGUUUUCCAUUCCCAGGACAUCAAGUAAUGCCAAAUCGAAAAGGCCAUCUGUGUCAUUUGCUGAAGGGACCAAGUUUGGGAGUAGAAGAUCUUCCACAACUGAUACACCUAAUCUUGCCAGAAAGCCAAAACUGGCCAUAAGCCUCCCAAAACUGCCAUCUAUACAGUCUCAGACACUUACUGGAAAUGAGUCACAGCAGUCCGAAGAUAGCACAGAUCAUUAUGACAAAGUAGGCCCUAAUCUAGAACCUUCAGAAGAUCAUCCCAGGCUUCAGAGGUGUGCUCCAACUGGGAGACGAAGGACAAUGUCUAAUGCUCAAAAGCCGAUCUUUAAAGCUGAGUCGACAGAGUCUGGGUUAAAAGAUAGUUCAGAAGCAAAAAAGAAAAGCCAUAACCUUACAACUGUUUAUGUGAGUGUUGGUCCUCCUCGAAAGCCCUACAAACCACGUAGAAGGUCAGAAGGCAAUAUGGAUGGGGCAGUCCAGGCUGUUCUGAAACGUUUUGGCAGUUUUCAGAAAGGGAUUCCAAAACCUGUUAGAAAAAGUUUGUUGCUGCAUUCAAACUCCAAACUUUCACAGAUAAAGAGCACUUUUGAGGAAGAUUUACAAAUCACAAAUAAAGGCUCCCCUGCUAGUAAAUUACAGGACAACACAAAUAAGAAAGCAAUUAUUCAAACAUCUUCCAUGCUUAAAAAUGUUCCUGAAGAUACACAUGGAUCUGAGUGGACUAGCAUCUCUGAGAAGCAGGAUAACAUGUAUUCUAACUUGCAGGAACCGUUAACCCUGCAACAAGCUCCAAAUAAUGAACACAUUUAUCAAAGCCCAGAUGAAAGAGAAGAUUCAGAGCCAAAGUAUGAAAAUGUUACCGUAUCUAAAGGUUUUGAGAACAGUGAACAGGACCCAUCUUCUCUUUAUGAAGAUGCACAAAUGACAUGUGAGACUUCCAGCUCUUAAAGGACCAUAUAUUGUAUAUAACACAGUCAUUAUACAUUGUUGUUUGUGGUUUCAUAUCAACAUCCAAGUUAUAUGACCCAUUUCCUC